AUGGUAUGUGGCGUGAACAAUUCCAACAUCAAUGAGUGCCACUAUGACACGUUCGACAACUGUAACCACAGCAAGGAUAUGGCUGUUACAUACUGUGGGGACCCAACGGUUUCAUUUGGUGAGGUCAACCACACCUCUUCAAGCGUUGGAUCUGUUGUAAGCGUCGUGUGUGAAUAUGGUCGAAAACUAGUCGGGGACUCAGUUAUUGUUUGCCAAGAAAACGGAAAUUGGACUAAUACCCCAUUUUGUUCUUUGAUAGAUUGCGGUAAUCCUACGCCAAUUAAUGGCGCCACCAACGGGACAUCGCACUACCUCGAUGCCGUUCUCCACGUGUCGUGUAAAACUGGUUUUGCUUUAUCUGGAAAUUCCAUCAUACGAUGUCAGAGUAACAGUACUUGGACUGAUUAUCCAGUAUGCACCGUUGUGGACUGCAAAGAACUUAAUAUUGUCAAUAUGACGAUAGACGUCGGUAACAAAACUACCUACGGAGAGAUAGCACUUGUCAGCUGCAAACCUGACUUCACUCCACGUGGUUUAUGGACUGUGAGAUGUGAAGCUAGCGGCGUUUGGAAUUACACGCACGUCCCUCAAUGUGAACUCAUUCACUGUGGUGUCGCUGCGAUAUCUAAUGGAAGUGUUAACGACACAACAUCGACAGUUGGAACUGUGGUUCAGGUGGAAUGUAACUAUGGUCGACAACUGAUUGGCGAUUCGUUACGUGUUUGCCAACUGAAUGGAGAGUGGACAGGUUCUCCCUCGUGUAUUUUAAUAGAGUGUGAUGAUCCAACCCCAGAUAACGGCAUCGUAAACGGGACAUCACGGUUCUUAGACGAUGUUCUUUCGGUGUCGUGUAAUACAGGUUUCACGUUAACUGGCAAUUCCGUCAUACACUGCCAGAGUGACAGAACUUGGAGUGACAACCCGAAUUGCAUUAUUGUUGACUGUGGCGUCCUGUUCAUUUCAAAUAUGACCAUAAACAUUGCAAAUGUGACCACAUAUGGGCAUAUGGCAGAUGUCAGAUGCAAACCAGAUUUCACUCCACUUGGUGUUUGGACCGUGAAAUGUGAGGCUUCUGGGGUUUGGAAUCAAACGCAUGUACCGAAAUGUGAACUGAUUGAUUGUGGGGACCCGACGCCCAUGAAAGGCUUAGUAAAUUCAUCAGUAACAUCUGUCAAUACAGUUGUUAGUGUGUCGUGUGAAAAUGGUUAUAUUAUGUCUGGCGAUUCAGUCAUCACUUGUCUUAGAAACGGCUUGUGGUCCGGCAACCCGAUAUGCGACCCUUCGGGUAAGUGA